ACGGGGCGGGGCGGCCGCGGCGCUCGCGGCCUGGCGACCUGGUUCCGCAGCGCCGGCCGCCUCGCCUGCCCCAUCGCGGCCCUGCUCGGCCCCAUGUACCGCGCGCUGUACGCCUUCCGCUCGGCGGAGCCCAACGCGCUGGCGUUCGCGGCAGGCGAGACCUUCCUGGUGCUGGAGCGCAGCAGCGCGCACUGGUGGCUGGCGGCGCGGGCGCGCAGUGGCGAGACGGGCUACGUGCCGCCCGCCUACCUGCGCCGCCUGCAGGGCCUGGAGCAGGAUGUCCUCCAAGCCAUUGACCGGGCCAUUGAGGCCGUGCACAAUGCGGCCAUGCGGGAUGGCGGCAAGUACAGCCUGGAGCAGCGCGGGGUCCUGCAGAAGCUAAUCUACCACCGGAAAGAGACUUUGUCCCGUAGGGGCCCCUCCGCCUCCAGCCCUGCAGCUAUGACCCCGUCCACCAGUGACCACCAUCUGGACGCCGCUGCAGCCAGGCAGCCCAAUGGGGUGUGUCGAGCUGGGUUCGAGCGGCAGCACAGCCUGCCCAGUUCUGAGUAUCUUGGGGCAGACGGAGGCCUCUACCAGAUCCCACCACAGCCUCGCCGAGCAGCACCCGCCACACCACCCCCACCUGUGAAGCGCCGAGAUCGUGAGGCCCUGGUGGCCUCGGGGAGUGGCGGCCGCAACACCACGCUCUCCGGGGGCAGUUCUGUGUCCAGUGGCUCCUCAGUCAGCAGCACGUCCCUAGACACGCUCUACACUGGCUCCAGCUCAUCUGAGCCAGGCCCCAGCUGCUCACCCACCCCCCCACCUGUGCCCCGACGAGGCACCCAUACCACUGUGUCCCAGGCUCAGCCCCCUCCCUCCAAGGUGCCAGCCGCUGAGUCCCCUACAGAGGAGGUAGCAGAUACAACCUCGGCCCCUGAUGAGCUGGAGGGCCUGGGUGCGCUGAGCCUCGGGACCACAGAGGAGAAGGCGGUGGCGGAGACAGCUGUGCCCAAGACCAUCGGGGCAGAGCUGAUGGAGCUCGUGCGGAGAAACACCGGCCUGAGCCACGAGCUAUGCCGCGUGGCCAUUGGCGUUGUGGUGGGCCACAUCCAGGCCUCCGUGCCAGCCAGCUCACCUGUCAUGGAGCAGGUCCUCCUCUCGCUGGUAGAAGGCAAGGACCUGAGCACUGCCCUGCCCUCAGGGCAGGUCUGCCAUGACCAGCAGCGGCUGGAGGUGAUCUUCACAGACCUGGCUCGGCGGAAGGAUGAUGCCCAGCAGCGCAGCUGGGCCCUGUACGAGGAUGAGGGUGUCAUCCGUUGCUACCUGGAGGAGCUGCUGCACAUUCUGACUGACGCAGACCCUGAAGUUUGCAAGAAAAUGUGCAAGAGAAACGAGUUUGAGUCGGUCUUGGCCUUGGUGGCCUACUACCAAAUGGAGCACCGGGUGUCACUGCGGCUGCUGCUGCUCAAGUGCUUUGGUGCCAUGUGCAGCCUGGACGCAGCCAUCAUCUCCACACUCGUGUCAUCUGUGCUGCCUGUGGAGCUGGCACGGGACAUGCAGACAGACACACAGGACCACCAGAAACUCUGUUAUUCCGCCCUCAUCCUGGCCAUGGUUUUCUCCAUGGGGGAGGCAGUGCCGUACGCGCACUAUGAGCACCUGGGCACACCCUUCGCCCAGUUUCUGCUGAGCAUCGUGGAGGACGGGCUGCCCUUGGACACCACAGAGCAGCUGCCGGAUCUGUGCAUGAACCUGCUUCUGGCUCUCAACUUGCACCUGCCAGCCCCCGACCAGAACGUCAUCAUGGCCGCCCUGAGCAAGCACACCAAUGUCAAGAUCUUCUCCGAGAAGCUGCUCUUGCUCCUGAACAGAGGGGAUGACCCAGUGCGCAUCUUCAAGCACGAGCCGCAGCCGCCGCACUCCAUCCUCAAGUUCCUGCAGGAUGUGUUUGCCAGCCCCACCACGGCUGCCAUCUUCUACCACACGGACAUGAUGGUGCUCAUAGACAUCACCGUGCGGCACAUCGCGGACCUGUCGCCUGGAGACAAGCUGCGCAUGGAGUACCUCUCGCUGAUGCACGCCGUGGUCCGCUCCACGCCCUACCUGCAGCACCGCCACCGGCUCCCUGACCUGCAGGCCACGCUGCGGCGCAUCCUGACCGAGGAGGACCCCUCACCCCAGUGCCAGAUGGAUCGCAUGAUUGUCCGAGAGAUGUGCAAGGAGUUCCCGGAGCUGGGCGAGGCCCCCAGCUAGCACCUUCCUUUCCUCCUUUCCCUGCAGCCCUGGGCAGGGUGCAGGGGCCUUGGGGCUUGGCCCUAAGAAUGUUUUGCACUGACAGCGUGUGUGGGGGUGGGAGAUGGAAGGGACUUGAGCAGGGCCCCCCACCUGAAGUAGGGCUAAUGCCAGGGGCCAAGUACAGGAUUGGGGACCACAUUCUGGGAGCGAUGCUGGAGCACAGGGAAUGUGUGAUCUGAAGCCCCUCCGUCUCUCAGUAGCUGCUUCUUCAGCAUGUCUCCCUGUCCCCCAUGUACACACGCGCACUCAGAGUCCGGCUGCUGCUCCAGAUGGGGGCCAGAGCCCCCAUCCCCACCCUGCCUGGUCUGUGUCCUGGGCCUCACCAAGCCAUGUCCUUGGGGUGAGGGGAGAUCCCCCACCAGCUCUGUUCUUUGCCUUAGCUUUGCAGUACGUGCUGCUCGUGUGCUCCUCCAGCCCUCAUGGGGGUCGCUGCCCCCUUACUCCCACCCCCAGGGGUCUUGGCCAAGCUGCUGCUUUGAAAGCAGAAUCUUGGAGGCAGGCCAGCCUAUCCUUGAGCCUCACAGAGUGGGGUGAUGGCACUGAGAAAGCCAAUGACAGAAAUCUAUUUUCUCUGUAAAAAUGUAGACUGAAAAGCCAUGUGUAUUUUCCUAUGUGCUGCAGCUCACCUUUGGAAAUAAAUCACAGGCCUCUGG